AGUGAGUUUACCUGGUGGUGCCAUACACUUACAGUUAAUCCAUAAACCCCUGGCACAUCUCUCUAUACAGAGGCCAAAGUACAGCAGGGUGGUGGAGCAGAAUAAAAUGUAGCCAAGUCGAGGUAUAAUGGUUGGUUGGUUGCAGUGUUGUUCAGUUACAGGCUGUGUUGUGGUUGUCGGGAUUUACAUGGCAUCGCUCGGAGGAACUCACCCCAGAGUGUUGGCCCAGAGGAGGGAGAAGAUCACCGCUCUGCCCCUCUACCACUCUGGACACCUUCGGGUGAAGACCACAGGAACAAAGGUAAUUCAGAGAGAGGGAGAGAGAGAGGUUGUUUGUGUGUGUGUGUGUGUGUGUGUGUGUGUGUGUGUGUGUGUGUGUGUGUGGUGUGUGUCAGGACAGGGAUAAUAUGUUGUCGUGUUCACGUAUUCACAUCUCCCAGGUAUUUGCAGGGUAUUUUGGAGAGCUUCGGGGAUCCACCAUUUUUCUCUACACAGAUGAGCAGAUUGACACAGUAAGAAUCCUUAGACAGAGCCUUUACACUACAUAGUCUUAUCUGUUGACUGGAAAUGAUCUUGCUUUGUCUAGCUAUAGCCUUUGCCCUAUGGUCAAUAUUAUAACAGAAAAGUUAUCUGCUUUAAAUAUCUCCACUUCUUUUCUCUCCUCCCUCCCUCCCUCCCCUCCCCUCCCUCCCUCCCCUCCCUCCACUUCCAAUCUCUCCCCUUGCUCCCUCUCUCUCUCUAGUACUGUCAUAGGUUGAAGCUACAGGGGCUAACAGGGAUGGAGUUGGACCCGUCUAGUUCUAGACGGGGCCCGUGUACCUACAUCCUCUCCCUCCCCGACCAGACAAUCAGUUUACAGGUAAGUAUUUUCUUGUUCCAUUUGACCCCUAACAGAUGGAAAUACAGUAUGAAUGGAUCACUACUCCCUCUCUCUCUCCCUCCCCCUCUCCCUCUCCUCUCUCAUUCUCUGUGUUAUAAUUAUCAUUAUUAGGUGGACAGUCCAGACACAGGUGAGAAGUGGAGAGGCUUCAUUAUGACUGUGGCUACGGUUCGUACUUACACACACACACACACACACACACACACACACACACACACACACACACACACACACACACACACACACACCUCAUGUUUACCAGUGAGGAUGAUACUGUAUGUGAAGUUCACAUCCCCCUCCCAGCUGCAAAUUCCCUCCCAGCUACAACUGCUUCCGGGUCAGACGUUACAGCUACAGGAAGUCCUGGAUCAGGAGCGCCAGAGGGCCAGCCUUCCCAUAACACAAUCCCCCUCAGACCACACCCCGAGACCCCGUUUACACAUGACUCAUGGCAACUCGGAACCUCCUGUGCCACCGUGAGUGAGACACCUUAGCUGUGAUUCACGUCCACAGUGCAGAUAAAGGAAAAGGAGACGAGAAGAGGAAGCCGCUUCAGACUAUUAAGAUAUUUGUUGUUUCUCUUCCUCCAGAGGUUUCCACAAGGUGACACGUCAGGAGGCGGAGCGAAUGUUGAUUGACAGCCCAGAAUACGGGGAAGUCAUCCUGCGCCCAGCAGCAAAGAGCAACAGCUAUGCCCUCACUGUCAGGCACAAAGGCUCCAGGUUAGUACACAUACACACCACUUGCACACACGCACGCACACACACACACACACACACACACACACACACACACAAGCUGUCAGCAUGUGUUGUUGUCCUUCUCUUGUUUCAGUGGUGGGAUGGUUCUAAGGCACUACAAAGUAAGACCCAGAGAUUCUGGCUUUGUCAUCGACCUGAAGAACACACCAGUUAGUACUUAUAACAUUUCUCACAUACAAGAUGAGAUAAUCUUACACAUUGCUAAGAUUACAUUUAGGAUUUUCAGAUAUGGUUUCUCCACACGUGGAGUCUUGUGAGUUUCCAGGGGUGCAAGGUGGCAGGGUUGUAGUUUCUAUGAGCAGUAUGAAUAGAGAUAAAUGAUGACUUCCUGUUUCCCUGGUCAGGUGUCCGGCUCCAGUCUCCAUGACGUCCUACUUCUCUUCCUGUCCCAGACCAGGCAGUACCUGCGACCUCACAUCCGACCCCCAACCCCUGACACAGAUACCUAUGACACAUCGAUAGCAUAGUCACAAGAGACUAGGUAGUUAAAACAUUUAUCACACCGUACAUCUAUAAACACACCAUUUUGGAGUGUCUUUCAUCAUUUCAUCAUUUCUCUGCUGUUUGUUGGAUUCUAUCUUGAAAUAUACUUAUUCAUAUUACCAUAUUAGAAC